UCAGUACACUUCGUACUGUAGUCUUCACGUGUGAAAUAGCCCAGGAGCUUGCGCCGUCUGUAAAACAUGAACGCAUUUAAUUUGCUAUGUUUUUCUGCCCUGAUCAUCACAUGCCAUGGAAAGUUAAACAAUUUGGUCAGAAUCGUUGACCUUACCCAGCCUUUAGACGUAAAUAAUCAGGCCAUCCUCGAAAGCAGCCUGCAGAAUAACAACAACCGUAGAUUUGGCUUUCUGCCACCAUACGGGGGUGCUGACGUACAAGCUGGUAUAAACAUCAACGGCGCAAUUGAUCUUGGUCCUGGUGGCUAUCCACUACCACAAAAUCCAAUGGCAUAUGGCCCUGUUUACCAGUAUCCCCCUCCCUAUCCUCAAUUAUAUGGCUAGCG